AUCUAUCCGCGUUCGGCGGCGCGACGCACACGAAGUGGAUGCCGCUAUCAUCGCCAGUGGAUCGACGACGUAGGGAGAGAGUUGGCGCGCGCUGGCAGCAAUCGACGGCGGCAUAUUGCGACGGGAAUUUGCGCGAGGCAGCGAUCGACGCGAGGACGACGGGAUGUCGAGCGGCGCGGACGAGUGCAGGCUGAAGGGCGGUCAUCCCCCGGCAGUCAAGGCGGGCGGCAUGAGGAUAACGCAGCACAAGACGCCGAAGGACGAGCGCGAGGUGAAGCCCAGCAAGGACGUCGAGGAGAGCAGGCCGUCCAGCAGCCCGCCGAAGACGAUAAUGAUCAGCGGUGCCCCGGCCAAGGGGAACGCCGAUUUUCCGCCGGAGGCCGUGCAACACUUCCACGAGAAGCCCACGCCGACGCACGACGCACGGCCGGCGCACUGUUCGCGUCCCAUUAUCAUUCAACAGCCCAGAAAGUGAGCCGUACCUCGGCACCGCGCUGGUGGACCUCGCUCCACAGAGUCACUCGUUGAGUUUACGAGAAAAAAAAGAUUAUAAUUAUGAAAAAAAUAUAUAUGGGAGAUAGGUAUAUAUUAUAUAUAUGUAAGCGUACUUAAACAUUUUUAAAGGGGUUAAAAUUGAAAAGCCACAUGGACUUCACGCGGCAGCGUAUGCGCCGCUCGAUCCUUUAACCAACGAGAACGAUCAAAAUCCUUUUUUUUUUCCCUAACAAAGUACAAGCGAAAUUGUGAAUUUCAAAGAGUGAGAGAGAAGGCAGGGUAAAAUUUGCGAUCGCGGGAGCUGCGAGAUGUCAGCGAGCUGGGUCCACUUCGGGGAGUAAAAGACGGGCAGGACCCGCGUAAUCGAUCGGUUAAAGGACCGAGGAAGGUCAAUUUCUCGUACGCUGAAAUAUUGGAUCGCCUCGCGAGAGAUAUCACUAUAUCGUUGUUAAAAACGACGGAGGAAGAAAGUUUAUUUUUGACGCCACGAGAUUCCUUGUAUCGGCAUUUAAGACUCCGUGCGCACGGGCUUUUGCGAGUACGUCUUCGACUCGUUAUCGCAACGUCUUAUCUCUAUCUUAUCGUUCCUUUUAUACUGUAGACACGUUUGCUAUGAUUACAUUAUUACGAUCGAGUAUUGUUGUAACGCAGUUGCACGAUACUAUUACUAUUUUGGGGACCAGUACGUACUGCGACUCACGAUGGAACUUUCGCAUUUAGUUGGGUUUUCAGCCAUCGGCCUUUUUUUCUCCUUUUUUUUCGUAUCUGCCUGACCAUAAUGUAGAAAUCAGACGCAUCAGUAUGAAUUUCAGGGAAUUGAAACGCUUCGUCAACGUAAAUUAACGUUAACACGAGUUAAUGUUAGCGUACGUUAACGCAAGUUGGGCAUGUAAAUGUCGAGCGAGAUUCGUAGUUGGCGACAGUUUGUAUAACAUUUGAGAGGGAAUAAACAUUCAUAUGUGUACAUAA